AUGAGUGAGUGGCAAUUCACACGAAGGAAAAGAAAGUGGGGACGAACGCUUCGAACAGUUGUUGUCGUCUCCAAUAUACUCUUCUGGUUCGUUGGAUGUGGCAUUUUAUCACUCGGAGUAUGGAUGAGAUUUAUUCAAGGUCCAGUCAAGGAUUACUUUCUCGAAUACCAAGACUUGCGCGUGGCCUUGGCGUUGAUCCUGGCUUCUGGGAUUUUAUUUCUCGUCCUGUCACUCGUAGGCACCUGCGGUGCGAAUAUGAAAAAUGAAGUACUCCUCAGUCUUUACACGAUAACAAUGGCGAUUCUAUGCACAUGCGAAAUAAUCUCGAUCUUCGUCUUUAUUGCACAGAAAAAGGACGACUUGCUGCAGUCCUUUGGCAACUGGUACAACACAGAGGUCUUUAUGCGGCUAGACCAGACGAAAGCACCGACAGUUUGGCAAAAGAACAGGAAGAUUGUUGAGCACGUUCAAGAAGCUCUCCACUGCUGCGGUCUCCAGUCCGACUCCGAUUUUCAGGAAUAUCACGUCGUGUCCGCCAAAGACGCCGAGCAGCUUAGAGCCACUUGCAUUCUCAAAAAUGGGAACCGCGACGGGGAGAUUCAGCGGCCGGAGUUUUACAAAGAUGGCUGUUUCAAUGCACUCAUCUCAGAAGGAGAAAAGUUCAUUACAUAUCUGUGGAUUAUAUCUCCAAUCGUCAUAUUUAACCAGUUGGUCGCCCUUGUCAGCACGAUCCUCUUUGUCAUUUACUUGAUAAAAGGUGGCAAAUACGACGACGAUGACGAGGAUUGCUCCGCUCUUGUAGAUCAGCUGGAUACGAUGUCGAUUAAGUCUUUCCAAGACUACUCCCGCAAAUUUCAAGAGGGAGAACAGCUGCCAAAGCCAAAAGUCUUCCGGAUAGUGAAAAAUCUCGUAUUCCUACUUCAAGCAAUCGACCCCGAUUCGAAUGCAGAAUACGCCGGCCUGACCGUGAAUGCGCGGAUUAUCGAGAUUAAUGGUCUUGUUGCGCAGGGCUCAACAAUCGAGGAAGUCAAAUUCAAAAUCGACGCUGCAUUAACCGAAAUUAAAAUCCUGGUGGUUGAAGAAAAAGCAGACGCGAUUUAUAGGGAGUGCAAAGUUGCGGUCAAUUUGAGAAACGUUGAAGGAGUCACUGGCGACGAGAACGACUAUAAGCCGAGAUUGGUAAAACUGGAACGGUCUGACUUGAGCGAGGGCUACGGAUUCAAUCUGCUGUACUUGGACGACAGAAAAGGCGAGUACAUCGAAGAAGUUCAGCCAAGGGGACUUGCCGAUCGUGCCGGGCUAAAAGUUGGUGAUCGAAUCAUUGAAGUGAAUGGAACUAACAUCGAGACCUUCAAAUCGAGAGAAGUGGUCAGCCGCAUACGCAUGGCCGAGUUCUCCGUGACAAUGCUUUUGGUUGACCCAAAAACAGACGGCUACUUUCGCAAGAAAGCGGUUACAAUCACGUCUUCCCUCGCUGAAGAAUUCUUCGACGAAAGAGUCGGCAAAGUGCGAAAAGGCAAAGCGAAGAAGGAUAAGACACAUAUCAAACCUCGUUAUUGCCGAUUGGUGAAAGCGCACAAAGAGGAUUAUGGCCUUUAUGUUGUCAUAGAUAAUAAUCGUAUUGGACAAGUCGUCCGAUGGGUCGACUGUGGUGGCCCAGCUGACCGAGCAGGAUUAAGAAUAGGAGACAGAAUAAUUGAAGUAAAUGGUAUUAACUGCGAGUACGAGACACAUCAGCGACUUGUUGCCACCAUAAAGGCUGGCAAAAAUAUUUGUCACUUUAUCGUCGUCGAUGAAGAUUAUGACAGGCAGUACAAGCGCGGCAAGCCUAGGCUCUGCAGAAUUUUUAAAGAAGAUGGCGCUUUUGGCUUCUGCGUAUGUUACGAUGACGAAAAAGACGGCCAUUAUGUUGAAGAAGUAGAUCCAGGAGGACCUGCAGAGCGCGCAGGACUAAAGACAGGCGAUCGCGUUAUCCAAAUUAAUGGGAUGAACAUUGAAGCAGAUGACCAUGAAGACUGUAUUCAACGCUUGCGUAUGUGCGAAGUCGAAGUACUGCUUCUUGUGACUGACGCGAAGGCGGAUACACAUUACAAGAACAUCGUUGACUUCAAAAUCAAAGGGAUGGAACAGAUCGACUGGGAUGCGAUCUCGAUUCCGGCUGAGCCAUAUUUCAUGCCUUUGGAUUCUGACGCAGAAACAGAGCUGCAAGAAGACGACACAAUAACGUUGGGAAUGUCAGACUCGAUCUCACUCUCUGAAACAAAAUCAUUCACAACAUUUACAUCGGAAGGAACUCUUCGCGGAGAUCUUCAACGCUCGACACACGCUCUCGGCGUACCUCGUAAUUGUACUUUGUUGAAGACCGACCACGAACAACAUGGAUUCUUCCUUGCUAUUGAUCGAGACAGAAAUGGACAGGUCAUCCGGAGAGUAGAGAAAGGUGGCCCCGCUGACUCGGCUGGUCUUAGGGAUGGAGAUAGAAUCAUUGAAGUGAAUGGUAUCAACUGCGAGCGAUACUCCCACGAGCAGGUCGUCGACUUGAUAAAGAAAGCAGGAAACGAAAUAAGGUUCCUUGUGAUUGAUGAAAGAUCUGACGACGUCAAAGCGAAAAAUAAGCCAUAUCUUUUCCGCAUUGUCCAGGGAAAAUCUGGAUAUGGUUUCUAUAUCUGGCACGACGAUGACGGACAUUAUGUGGAAGAUAUCACAAUAGGCUCACCAGCCGAUAGAGCUGGUCUUCGAGCGGGUGAUAGAAUUAUCGAAAUUAACAACGUCAACAUUGAAAAAGAAUCCACCGAAGAUGUUUUUACCGAAUCAAGGCUUGUCACAAUGUGGUUAAUUUGUUAG